GUGGCUGCAGAGUGGCAUCCACUCGCUGUACGAAUCUCUCCGUACUCGUACAGAAGAUACGCCUCCUCCCCCAGAAAACCAAUGUAAGAUCUGACCGACCCGAGGAGCGCUUGUUGGCCCGAAAAAGCCAUCCCUUGCCCAAUCAUUCCCAUUUACCGCAACGCUGGGAUUUUUCUGGAGGCUUUGAAAUGCGUUCUCACAGCUCGCACAGGGGCUCCUCUCUGGGAACCCCCACAAGUGCGAUGACCAGACCCAGACCCCGACCCCAAGGUUCAAGAUCCCCCUGGGAAAGUAUAUACCAGCCCUGCUGCUGCCAUUAUCGAUGAUCCACACACUCUUGUCCCACACUUCGCUGCUGGUGCCCUUUUACUUGGUAAUAAAUAUGAGCUAUCGCAUGGCUGUGAGUCGUACGGCUUGAUCGAAAUUUCGCAAUUGCUUCCUGUGUUGCACAAAAAGCCAACUGCGUCUGUCGCCGUCCCAAAACAGCCAUUUUGGACAGAUUUUGGAUGGACAAGCCGGGAAAAGUUUCAACUACUAAAGGAAGAGGUGUAUGACCUCGAGGUCGCAUUGUAUGUGUACAGAUGACAUACUUCGACAGAUUUAAAUCAAGGGCUAAGGAGCUAGAAAGUGCAGGGCGACGAACUUUGGAAUCCUCGGGUUUUAAUGCCUCCUUCAAUAUGUCCUUAACAGCAUCCAGUAUAAGUUCCACUGUGGGAUUUGGUACACCUAUCGAGCCUGAUGUUCGUUCUCAUUUGCCGUUCUACUGCCAAAUAAUUUCAACGCUGACUGAAAGCAAUAUAGUCUCCGUCUCAGGUCAAUAGCCCAACAAAUGAGGAGUAAGUGGCAAUAUAACCUUUCCCAGGCCUUUGGAGACGAUGCUGUCCCACCAACAAUGCUGUGCCGGCCGUCAGCCAUCUCAUCUGACUUUUUUUUCCAUUUAGCCUAGCAACACAAUCUCUCACUGAUAGUGUUUUUGCAUUUCCCAAAGAAAAUGGCCGAACAUAUCACGGUUAUCGGGCCGGCAGUAAUUAUGUCGCUCUUAUCGCUCUCAAUGCAUAACUGACAGACUUCUGUAGCUUACAACUUCCCGAACGACCACAACGAAACCGAUCGCCUCGAUUUUCAAUAUGAAAUUCUGAAAUACUGCUUUCGGGAUAAGAACUAUUUUGCGCCCAUAAAUGACCCAAAGGAAAUUCUGGAUAUUGGCACGGGUACAGGACAAUGGGCAAUAGAGAUGGGCGACAAAUUUCCAGACGCACAGAUCCAGGCUACGGAUCUCUCUCCAAUCCAACCUGACACAGUCCCGGAAAAUGUGCAGUUCUUUAUCGACGAUGCUUCAGAAGAGGAUUGGGCACUGCCACCAGCCUAUUUUGACUACAUCCAUACACGAGUACUACUCGGCUGCUUCGAGGAUUUUCGCGACAUUAUCAAAAGGGCAUUUUAUUACACAAAACCCGGUGGGUAUAUGGAAAGCCAGGAAAUAAUGUCGACGUUAUAUUGUGACGAUGGAACAAUGCCAUCUGACUGGCCAUUCCUAGAAUGGAAUAAAUACCUGGAUGAUGCCGCCAUGGCGGCAGAUCGCCCAUUGAGAAUUGGCAACAAAAUGAAGAGAUGGUAUCAACAAGCGGGGUUCGUGGAUGUCCAAGAAAAGGUAUACAAGUUGCCAGUCAACCCUUGGCCGCGAGAUCCACACUUGAAGACGCUCGGAAAGAUGCAAGAAGCCAAUUGGCUCGCUGGGUUGAAUGCGAUUAGUAUGGGACUGUUUUCUCGAGUUUUUGGGUGGAACAAAACCGAGAUUGAAGUAAGUUCUUUUCACGAGAUAUCGACCGACGUCAGGACUGACUUCAACAGGUAUAUCUGGUCAAUGUGCGGAAAUCGAUAUCCAAUAAACGCGUCCACGCUUAUAAUCGCGUCUUUGUGGUAUGGGGUCGAAAACCUACCGAGGAAGAAAUGGCAGCCAAGUCGCAACCUGUCUCUACGUCGACACACACUCGACAAGAUGCCGCGCCUCCAGCUCAGACCAACUCUCGACCUGUUACGGCUGUUCCUCAUACCCCCAGUGGCGAGCGGGAUCAACAAAUCGACGACCCGAGUGGGAAGGCUGAAGCAGGCUCAAACGAGCACGUCUUCGGUUCGAUGUCCUUGAACAGCCCUCCAAAUAAUGGUAAAACGAAAGAAGAUCAAUAAGUAAUAAAUUGUCCUAAGCUCAAAGGGUGAUACGGAACAAAAGGAGCGAGGAAGAAUGACGAAGUACUCGAUGUAAGCAUAGCAUGGGCGUAUUAUUGCAGUGGACACUCUCGGCCAUAAAGACGAUUGGUGUAUUAUGAAUAAAAAAUUGGGUAGAUCGGUCUCAGGAAUACCUUGGUCUCGAUUUUCUGAUUUGAUG